AUGCUAUUAAAAGCAAUCGUUCUCUUGAAACUAUUUUGGUUUGCGUUAGUAAAUGGCAAGAACAAUGAUCUGCUUAAUGCGGUAACUUCAUUUUUGGUGCAAGAUCAUCGACCCACGUCUGUGCUGAUACCGAAUUUGUGCUGGGAACAACAUCAAGUAAAAAUACUGGCAAAGCAGUUGAGCCAAACCGGUAUAAGAAUAUCGGACUCCUUGGAACAGAACAAAAAUGAGUUUUACCUACAACAUUUGGUGGUGAUGGUUGAUUUAGCAUGUCCUGGAGUCGAUCACUUUCUAGAGAAAGCCAACAAAGAUGGCUACUUCAAAUCACCUUAUCGCUGGUUGAUGUUCAAUUUACGCAACGAUUAUAAUGGUACUAAUAUUUUAGAAGCUAUUGACAUGUUGGUGGACAGUGAUGUUGUAGCCGUCAAUGAAGUCGAAGACAACACGUUUGAGUUCAUUGAAGUUUACAGAGUGGCUAAGAAUUCUGAUUUGAUCUACACAACGAGAUCAAUGUGGUUUCCCACAAAUAAAGAUUUAAAUAAUUCAUUAUCAGAGGUUACUGGUACUGACAACAUAAAACCGUAUGCAAGUACUUACCAAAAGAAAACAACCUUCGGAUUAAUGUCAGACCUAAAUAAUGAUAACACAGCAGUACAAGCUCGAGGCUUUUUGAAAGACUACAGACUAUCGAAAGUGUUAUCAUCGAAAAGGCACAAUUUGAGGAGACAUACAUUGACGAUGGUUAACGUAAUAACUGAUAGCAACGAAACGCGAAAACAUUUGGAUGAUAGAUUGUAUCUCCAUCAAGACUCGAUCACCAAAAUGUCUUACACCGCGGUGAAGAUUUGCUUUGAAAUGUUAAACGCGUCUGAAAAGCUGAUAUUCACUCAUACGUGGGGAUACAAAGACAAGCAUGGCAACUGGCAGGGCAUAGUUGACUACCUCGACAAAAAGGAGGCAGAUUUAGGAACUCUCACGAUUUUCACGCAAGAGCGGAUGGAGAUAAUCGACUACAUCGCCAUGGUGGGGUCCACCGCUGUAAAAUUCGUAUUCCGAGAGCCGCCCCUCUCCUACAUCUCUAAUAUCUUCACUCAACCCUUCAGCCGCGCAGUCUGGCUCGCCAUCAUCGUCUGCGUACUUGGCUGUUCUGUGUUUCUUUAUAUCACCUCUAAAUGGGAAGCCAGCAUAAGUAUGCAUCAAUUCCAAUUGAAUGGAUCAUGGGCUGAUAUUAUUAUUCUGAUAAUCGGUGCGGUACUUCAACAAGGGUGUACUUUGGAACCGAGAUAUGCUGCUGGUAGGACCGUGACACUUCUCUUAUUCCUGGCUCUGACGAUUCUGUAUGCGGCGUAUUCCGCCAACAUAGUGGUGUUGCUCAGGGCGCCAAGCUCGUCGGUGAGGACGCUUUCCGAUCUUCUGAACUCGCCCCUGAAACUUGGAGCAAGCGACUUUGAGUACAACAGAUACUUUUUCAAGAAAUUGAACGAGCCAAUACGCAAGGCAAUUUACGACAAGAAAAUUGCUCCGAAAGGGAAGAAACCUAAUUUUUACUCCAUGAAAGAAGGCGUAGAAAAAAUAAGACGGGGAUUGUUUGCUUUCCACAUGGAGUCAAACCCGGGCUAUCGCCUAAUCCAAGAAACUUAUCAAGAGGACGAGAAAUGUGAUUUGGUGGAGAUAGAUUACAUAAACGAAAUUGAUCCUUGGGUACCAGGCCAGAAAAAAUCCCCAUAUAAAGAUCUCUUCAAAAUAAACUUCAUAAAGAUCCGCGAGUCCGGCAUCCAAUCUUGCAUCCAUCGGCGGCUGCACGUGCCGCGGCCGCGCUGCUCGGGCGCCGUGUCAGCGUUCAGCAGCGUCGGCAUCGCUGACAUGUACCCCGCCAUGCUGGCCACCGUGUACAUGACACUACUUGCGCCGGUCGUACUACUGUUGGAGCUGGCUUACCACCGCCUCGCCAGCAGUGUUACUACAGGAAGUGGCCUAUCUCCGCAAGCGGGCUUUCUUGAUUUGAAAUUAGUUAUAUAG